ACUGUGAAGUUGACACAGUGUGUGGAGAAGCUAUAUGUCAUCACAACCAGUAUGUCACCUGCCAUGUCAACCGCUGUGGCACCUGUGAACCUGUGUUCCGAGGCUAUGACAACAUCACUGUCAACUGCACCCAGUGUAAGACUGCAAACAGAUCUUCUGUGGCUUAUAUCUCUUAUCUGCAGUGGGAUUGGCCUUAUAUCAGUAUGAUUUUAGACAUUUAGGCUUGGACAUAAAUUAAGUGGUUCAAUUGCUUCCUUUGUAUAAAUUCACACACAUUACUCUGUAGGCUAUGUCUAUCUGAUAUGAGUAAAUUUGGAAUGAUAUAUGAAAUUGGAAAUAUCUCAUGUUAUUGAACUCUUCAUCAGUGACUCCCAAGUGUCGUCUAAUACACCUGGAGAUGUUGAGCAAACACAGGACAGGAACCAUGUUAACUGGGGGGAGUUUAGGGACAAAGUACCAUCCAAACUGUGAUGGAGCUGGUAUGUUCAGACCUAAACAGUGCAGAGAGGAGGACACCAAACUAUGCUGGUGUGUUAACAAGGCUGGAGUCCCAGUCUCUGACAAGACACAUGACCCCCUCAAAUGUGACAGGCUGGUCACAGUCCAUGUCAUUGAUAUUCAAUUCACAUUUAAAGUGGAGUUCUCACCUGUUGCAAAAACCAUGGAUGAGAUACGAAGGCAGCUGGUAUUAAAGCUGGACAGGGAAUAUACGCUGGAUAAAACACAGAUCCUAGACAUAACUGUGCGGGAACUGUACCAAGUAGUGUCCAUCCGGCUGACUGACGACAGGACAGACAAAGAGCCAGUGGACAUAGCAACUGUGGCCUACUACAUUGAGAGAGAUUUGAAAAGCAACACGUUUGGGUUUGAGGUGGACGGCCGGAGACUAGAGGUGGCGAGGGACUCCGUCAAGGUCCUAUUCUUUCACUAUGACCACCAACACAUGGACAUGAUGACCAUCAAUCCAGGCUUUGCUGCCCUCAUCCUCAUCAUUGCCCUGGCCAUUAUCAUUGGUGUUUCUGUGUCUGUGGUGGUACAAAGGAAAGCUCUGCUGGAGAGGAGAUUCCAGUUUGAAGUCAUUGAGGUUCAAGGGCAGAACAACGACCUGGAACAGCAAGAAGCUACCAUGACCUACUUUGUCAUGUGACAUACUUUAUCUUUGUUGGUUAUAGUAGAUUUGUUUAUUUUUUUAGUUGUCACUCAGUUCAUUUAUAUGCAAAGUUGUUGUCCAAUUAUCUCUUUCCCUGACUGAAACAAUAGUCAGCUGCACAUUAUGGAAAUAUUGUAAUUGGUUGAUUUCUUAACGUGGAUUCUAAGCUGUUGCUUUAAUGAAAUAUUAAACAAGAAUUGACCAUGGUUGAAAAAAAAAUCAAUAUGUACUUUAUUUGAAAUAAAAAUCAGAAUUGUUUCAAAUUGUUUAUUUACUUCAAGAGGUGAUACUUAGGUUAUGGUAACAGACCAUAAUACAAGAUUGUUCAUUUGUUCAGAAAGCCAACUUACUUUAACAGCUGCAGAAUUGAAUACCAAACAGCUGGCUACAUCUAGUCCAAA